CGAUAGAGAGGAGACGACGGAAGAGAGGAAAGACCGACGUGAAUAUACGGUGAACACUCGACAGCGCGGACCCUAGUGCAACGUUUUCAACCAUCAUCGACAUUGUCGUCGUUCUACGUUUCGUCCGGUGUCGCACGAUAUACGGGAAUUUGUAAUCGAUCGAAAUGCCGACGAGUUUGUUCAGCGAGAUGGACCGCGGCACGAACGGCGGCGGUGCGGGCGUCUCCUUCGAAGAUCAGCGCGCUCUUCAGCUCGCCUUCGAGCUGUCGAUGCUCGGCAUCCCGGAGGGCUCGUCCGGAUGCCCCGGCACCGGUACCGGCAAUGGCACCACCAACGAUCCGGAUCCGCUACAGACCGCGCCAGCCGUCUUCGAGGAAGCGCGUUCUAAGAAGAGCCAGAACAUGACUGAGUGCGUGCCGGUGCCCAGCAGCGAACACGUGGCGGAGAUCGUCGGUCGACAGGGCUGCAAGAUCAAGGCCCUCCGAGCAAAGACGAACACCUAUAUCAAGACACCAGUGCGCGGUGAAGAACCCGUCUUUGUCGUCACCGGUCGCAAGGAGGACGUGGCCCGUGCGAAGCGCGAGAUUCUUUCCGCCGCGGAACAUUUCUCGCAGAUUCGCGCGUCGCGUAAGAGCUCGUUGGGCGCUCUUCUGGGUGCGCCACCCGGACCACCCGCGACGGUGCCCGGUCACAUAACGAUUCAGGUACGAGUGCCCUACAGAGUAGUGGGUCUGGUCGUAGGCCCUAAGGGCGCGACUAUCAAACGAAUUCAGCAUCAGACGCAUACCUAUAUCGUGACGCCCAGUCGCGACAAGGAGCCUGUGUUCGAAGUGACGGGACUACCGGAAAGCGUGGAAGCGGCCAGACGCGAAAUACAGGCUCACAUUACCCUGCGAACCGGCACUGCACCUGGCGUUGUCGAUGAUACUGAUCUGCUGGGCGUACUCUGCCGCGGCGGUCUCGGCUCUGUUCUCGGUAUUCAAAGUAUGGACCAACCGGGAUCGAACAGCUCCAGUAGUUCUAAUGGAGCGUUUUCGAGCAGUGCCAGCUGCAGCAGUUCGUCCAGCAGCACCGGUGGAAUAGGGAUGAACGACCUCGUCGCUAUUUGGAAUGGAAUAGAGAGGGACGAAGGAAUUGGCGAGUCGCCGUCAUUCGAGUCGCAGCCGACCUCGACAUCGUCAAUCUGGUCGUUCCCGAGCGUCGCGCUACCCUCGAGGCCGUCGCCACCGGCGACAGCGAGCCCGGCGUCGCCCACGGAUUCGCUUUUGGGCGGCGCACGACGGGACUGCGUCGUUUGCGGCGAGAAGGAAGUCACCGCGGCGUUGGUACCCUGCGGACACAAUCUCUUCUGCAUGGACUGCGGCAAUCGGGUCUGCGAGAAUCAGGAUCCAAGCUGCCCGGUAUGCUCCAGACCUGUCCUGCAGGUGCUUCGUAUUUUCUCCUAAGAGGGACUCCGCCGAGUCGCCGCCCGUCAGUCUCCCGUGUCGCGACACCCGGUGUAUCCGCAACGGCUGCAUCAGCAAUUUACCUUCUACCACUCUUCGAGCAUGGCCGGUUAAUAACUGUUCCAGCGGGCAUGACGACUAAGCUGGAAAACAACGUUAGCGCCCGCGACAACGACGAUGCCUGCGCGAUAAUCCUCUCGGCAGUCCUCAAAGUUGGCCUUUUUUCUUCGCUGUCAUCGCUGUCAUCGCUGUCGUCGUUGUCGCCAUCGUCAUCAUCAUCAUCGUCGUUGUCGUCAUCAUCAUCCUACCAUGCCGGUGUGACGCCGUCGUCAGGGGACCGAACGCGCACAAAGUCUCAGUUCCACGGCUGCCAAUAAUCUCUUUUAACGCGACGGGGAUUCGCCUCGACGUUAUCGACCGUUUAGGGCCGAUCGUCGAGUCUAUCGAGUUCCCGCUGACCGGAUACAACGAAGCCAGCUUUUAAGUUCUACGAGAUAUAUAUUUAAAGAGACAGAGAUAAGGAUGGAAAUACUGAUCCAUCGUCAUCGUCAUCGCUUCCCCUUACCCUCCUUCCCUUAUAUUCCAACCGCCUGUACCCCUUCCCGUCCCUUGACGCUUGCAUAGAUUGGGCUCGCGGCUCGUCGAGUAUAUUCUAAUAAGCCUCGAGGUAUGAGAGUGACGGUACGAGGGCACCAAACGAAUAACUCCCACCGUACCGUCCGGACUAACAUGCGAGAAAAAAAGCCUCUCUAUUGCCCGCAAAAGCUCGACGUUGCAAUAUUAUGCGACUGAUAUUACUAGUAGCGAGACUGAUGAUUACCGAGACGCUACUCUCUUUUCUUUCUACCGGAGGCUACACAGUCCGAAAUGAAUCGAUCAAGUCACGGACCCGUUUAGCCUCAUCGCCGAACUUUUUGACUAUACUCAACACACACCGCCGGUGUUUCGCUGUUUU